AUGAGCGAAUCCUCUACGUUGUUGGUGAACGGCCAGCCCAAUAAUGAUAAGUCUGAAAGUAACUCAACAGACGGCGGCGAGAAAGGUUACAAACCUGAACGACGAAGUGCCUCGCUCUCAACGCUAGCACGCGCAGAGCUCGAGAAACAUGAGACAUUCCUCACUAUAUGCGCGUGUAUUGGGUGGGUGUGUGUAUCGGCUUCGAAUAUCACGCUGACUAACUACAUCCUACACAAUAAGAACUUCAAGUUCCCCGUAACCAUCUCGCUGAUUCAGCAAAUCUUCGGCUUUGUGUGCGCUGUCGUACUGGUCAAGGCCAAGUUUGUGGGUCACACACAGACCAGAGGGGAUCUGCGAGAGUAUGUGGUGCACGUGCUACCCAUUGGUGUGGUCACAGCCAUCACUUUGGCGGCCGGGGGUGCCGUGUACGUGUAUCUCUCUGUCAGUUUCGUGCAGAUGCUGAAGGGCGUAUCACCGGUGAUCACAAUGCUGUUGAUGUUCUGCUUCGGCAUGCUGCGUGCACGCCCUGACCUGUGCCUGUCCAUUGUCAUCAUUUCGCUGGCUGGCAUCAUGGCCAGUUUCGGCGAAGUGCGUUUCCAGUGGUUUGGCUUUGCGCUGAUGAUGUUAUCGCAGGUGUGUGAUGUGCUGAAGAUAGUCUUGACCGAGCGACUGCUGAGAAAGAAGUUUGAGAAUAUCAUCGACGCUAUUUACCACAUCGCACCGGCAACGGUGUGUGGGUUGCUGGCUAUCUGGAGUUAUAAAGAGGCGCCUAAGCUCAUGCACGCGGAUACUCAUCAUGAGCCCUAUCUGAUCUUCUACCUGUUUGUCGUGGCGUGUUCAGGCUUUGGUGUUAAUCUGCUGUUCAUGUGUGUGGUGGACAGGGCCAACUCGCUGACUUUCAAGGUUUUGGGCCAAAUCAAGAGCAUCGUGAUGAUCCUCUGUGGCAUGCUGAUGUUCGGCAACCACGUGUCUGGGCUCCAAUGGGCGUCCUACUGUGUGUCUCUGGUUGGCUUUGCCUUAUACCAGCGUUCCAUUAUACGUGCUAAGAAGGAGAGUCUUGCCCUUCGGGAGCCCACUGUGGUCCAGUCACCUGAUUUGGAGGUGCAGAGCUCCGCCCCGCUGUUGGCGGUAGCGGCGAUGGGUGUCAAGUCCGGCGAUAGCUAA